AUGCGCAAAAGAGACCGAAGCUGGGAGCGAGGUGGUCCGCCACUAGAUAUGGUGCAGCGUCCAUUUAACGGUCCAUUGCCUGAUAGUCCGCGUAUGAUGGAGCCUGGACCAUAUGAUACUCCAAGCGAAUGGAGCUUCGAAUUAAAGCGCAGUGGAAAGAUGAAGUGUCGCUGCAGCGCCACGUCGCUUUCGGUUGGUGUCAGUCGUCAAUUGCCGUCAUAUUUGGAUGUGGUAGCGCUGCCACAUUUGAAUAGGUCGCCCGAGUUCUUGCAGCUCGAGCGUCCGAACGUCCGAAGAGUUGUGUACGAACUGAAGCCGGAGUCAAUGGCGGAUGCGAGUGGCUACCGGGAGUUCGUUGGCUAUCUCAUCCAGGGACGUGGCGGCCACGCACGCGCUGGAGCUGCCACGGAAAUGGAAUCGCAAGGCUUCAAGAUAUUUCUUUUGCCCCCAGGCCAAGCAGCACGGCAGCUUGGCUACAAGGGAGACCACAUGGUCGCCGUUUUGCGCUCCCGCUGA